CACUGAGAAAAAAAAAAAUAUUUCCUCGUAAAUCAUUUUCCGUUCCUCGUUUAUUGUAAAAUCUACGAAUGCACACGAAUAGAGAAAUAGCAUAAAAAUUGAUGCCUAGUCUAUAACAUUUGGUACCACCACAAUUUAAUCGUCAGUAAGACAAGAUUUUCUUGUGUGGGAGAACGUCUAUGUGUAUUAAUACCGUGCGUUAUCUUCGACAAUUGACGUCAAUGUUGGGAAGCGUCGGUGGGAUAUUCGUUUAAUUGCCGUAUGAAACCAAUUGCAAAUAUAUCCUUGAUUUGACCUGGAUAAAUCGAAAGAGGGAGAGGAAUUGGCGGGGGAGAAUAUUGAGAUUAAGGAGCGACCACCUCUCCUUCGUAUCGACAUUUCAUAACCAACAUACGACAUACAGUCUAAUCAUCAGAACAUGUGAUUGAGCCGAUGAGAUUGUACCUGACAUUAUUUUCCUCAACGGUUGUACAAACAGAUUCCAGUAAAAUAAAACCAAUAACAAUUCCCCUCGGUGCCAUCAUCACAAGUUGGCCAGUACAGCAGAAAUGACGAAGGAAUUUCUACCAUAUUAUACAUCAGGUGUCAUCGUUAAAGGUUUUGGCCGAGGAUCCAAGGCACUUGGAAUUCCAACAGCCAAUUAUCCGGAGAAUGUGAUUGAGAAACUACCCAAGGAGUUUGAUAAUGGAAUAUAUUACGGAUGGGCUCAACUCGAAGGAGAAGUUUAUAAAAUGGUGAUGUGUGUGGGAUGGAAUCCAUUCUACAAGAAUGAAAAGAAAUCGAUGGAAGUCCAUAUGCUUCACAAGUUCAAUCAGGAUUUGCAUGGCAAGGAGCUCAAGGUCAUUAUUACUGGUUUUAUAAGACCAGAGAGAGACUUUCCGACAGUUGAGGCGCUCAUUGCAGAAAUAAACAAUGAUAUUGUCUGUGCUGAAAAGUAUCUAGAUGAACCAAAGAUGAUUGAGUACAAAACUCAUGAAUUUUUUACGAGUCAAAAAACGUGAUUUGUUGCCGCGUCUUUUUUUAUAUAAUUUAUAUAAUUAAUUCUGUCGAGACAGUAUGGAAAAUCACGAUUUCAUAAUUUAUAUAGAAUAUUGAGAACAUGCAUGGUAGAUUUCUUAUGUUAAGCCAUAUAAAUGAGAAAAUGAGAAUUGUCCUACGAAUUCGUGAAUUAGAAUAAGUGCAUUUGAUUUAUUACAAAUUGCAAAUCAUGUUGACUUUUUAAGCACUCGAAUUUCCGUUUAUUCUGGCAAGAUAUUCUCUGAAGACAACGGCCUCGCAUUUUCUCCACUAAUUCUUUCAGCUUUUUAAACAUUUUUUUCUUUGAACUCAAGCGAAUCAGUGGAUAAACCGAACCUUGAGCAUUUGAUCUUUAGAAUGACAUGUGUAAAUAGAAAUUUAUAUUAUAAUAAAAAACAAUAAAAAGUUAUUUUUAUUACAGA